GGUGGACGUGUCCGGACGGAGGCGGCUGGAGCUUGUGAUCGUGUCCGGGAGCAGGAGCAGCCACAGGCCGAGCCGCCGGCACCAUGCUGGACUUCGCAAUCUUUGCCAUUACCUUCGUGGUUUUCCUGAUCGGGGCCGUGCUCUACCUGUACCCGGCAUCCAGGCAAGCAUCUGGCAUUCCGGGUAUGGCUCCUACGGAGGAGAAGGAUGGAAAUCUUCCAGAUAUUGUGAACACAGGGAGCCUUCAUCAAUUUCUAGUCAGUCUUCAUGAAAAGUAUGGACCAUUGGCAUCUUUCUGGUUUGGACAACGACUGGUGGUCAGUUUGGGCUCCGUGGACCUCCUGAAGGAGCACAUCAACCCAAACCGAACCUCUGAUCCAUUUGAGACCAUGCUGAAAUCCUUAUUGGGAUAUCAGUCUGGAUUUGGAGGCAAUGCUGCUGAGGGUCAUGUGAGGAAGAAAGUUUAUGAGACAGGAGUGAACAAAGCUAUCCAGAGCAACUUUGCUGUCCUUUUGGAGCUAGCUGACGAGUUGGUAACAAAGUGGCUGUCAUAUCCUGAAGCUCAGCAUGUCCCUCUGUGCCAGCACAUGUUGGGUUUUGCCAUGAAGUCUGUCACGCGGGCAGCAAUGGGUAGUCACUUUGAAAAUGAUCAAGAAGUAAUACGCUUCCGAAAGAACCAUGAAUCGAUUUGGUCAGAGAUUGGAAAAGGAUUUUUGGAUGGAUCUCUUGAUAAAAGCUCAUCCAGAAAACAGCAUUACGAAGAGGCCCUGGGAGAAAUGGAAGCUGCACUGAAGAAAGUGGCAAGAGAGCGCAAAGGACAAAGCAAUAAUCAUGAAGUGUUCAUGGACUCCUUGCUGCAGGGUGACCUCAUUGAGAAGCAGGUUCUGGAGGACAGUAUGAUCUUUUCACUGGCUGGAAGUGUGAUCACAGCAAAUCUGUGCAUUUGGUCCACGUACUUUUUGACCACGUCAAGUUCAGUGCAGGAAAAACUUUACCAAGAGGUAAAUAAGGUUCUGGGAAGGAGUCCGCUCACUUUUGAUAAGCUGCAAGAACUGAGGUACUGCCAGCAGGUUUUGAAUGAGACUGUCCGAACAGCGAAGCUCACCCCUGUUGCAGCGCGACUUCAGGAGCUGGAAGGGAGUGUCAACCAUCACAUCAUCCCAAAGGAGACUCUGGUCAUUUACGCCCUUGGUGUUGUGCUUCAGGAUGACACAUCAUGGCAUAUGCCUUACAGGUUUGAUCCAGAAAGGUUCAACGAUGAAGCUGCCAGGAAGCAAUUUACAUUGCUGGGAUUUUCCGGGAGCCAGGAAUGUCCAGAGUUGAGGUUUGCUUAUACUGUGGCUACAAUCAUGCUGAGUACACUGAUCAGGAAGCUGAGCUUGCAUCCUGUGGCAGACCAGUUGGUGGAGAUGAAGUAUGACCUUGUAACCACCCCAAAAGAGGAGGCUUGGAUUACUGUCAGCAAGCGAAGCUAGACUGACUUCACCAGGGCUGAGUGUGGGGUUUAUUGGAUGGAGCCCUGUCAGUAAGAGGUUUGCAAUGACUUUUCAGAUCCAUACCUGCCACUGUAUCCUUCAUUCUCUAUGACAAGAUUCCUGAGAGUGUCAUUCUGCUCCUUCCCUACUUGUGAAAAUAUAAACCAACCUUAAAGUGGCAACCUCUCAUCACCGCAAGCCUUCACUGCAGAACCUUUAUUAGGGCUGAACCAUAGCCUCAUUUUAGUGACGAUAUGGAAUUUCAGAUGCACAUUCUUGAUUUUCCUGAGGAUCCCUGGCACAUCUGCGAGUUAGCUACACCAUGAGAUGCAAGCAUCCCUUCGAUAAAAUGGGAAAAAGAACAGACAAAUAAUUGACCAUUUUUGGAAAUGAGAGAUGAAAGUGAUGAUAAAGUGAGACAAGAUUAUGGUGAUCAUAAUAGCAUUGAACAGUGUUGGAUAAGUGUGUACACCUAUUUUUGGGAUAAUGGUUCUGUCAUUAAGGCUUUUGGUGGGGUUUGCUGUUGAGACAUGAGAACAAGCUUUUCACUUUCAGAGUUUGAGUUUCACCACCCCCAGUUGAGUCAGGUUGGUGCUAAGCUGAUCGUGGCUAGCAUGACAGGGAAGAGGGUCAAGCUGUAUUCGGUCAUGCUGCCCUCUUUCCCAGAAUGAACUAACAGAAUAAUUAGGCCAGGUUCCCACUCCUAGUUACUGUCAAUCUCUGGAUUCCAGCUGAGAGCAGAAUCUGAAUAUCUUGCGGAGCGCUUUCAGUGAAAAAUCUAAUGUGUUCCUUUGCCAGCUAAUCAGCAUGGUUUGGAAAGAAAAGGGGAAUAAAACUUCUCUGUUAAACAUUCUGUGGAGAUUUGGUCCAGUUACCAUGAGUGAAGUCAAAAUCAAUUGCCAUGAAAACACUGUGUGCUUGUCAUUUAUUAAUAAAAUUGCUGAAAGGACAGCACCAUGCAGUGUACAUCCACCUGUGUUUGCUGCUUCGAUUUCAUGAUAUCAGUACAUGCUUGGAGAUUAUUUAAUCCUUUGACCUUACUCUUAAGUUUUCAUACUCCCUUUGGGUGUAACACCAAGUCUAGUCUCAGCCGUGGAUGACUCAGCCAGUGAUUUUUCUCCAAAAUUGACAAGAUUACCCCACAAGAAAGUACUGGACAGUGAGAGCCUUUUUCCUCGGAAGGUGAUGGCUAGCACGAGGGGGCAUAGCUUUAAAUUGAGGGGUGAUAGAUAUAGGACAAAUGCCAGAGGCAAUUUCUUUACUUAGAGUAGUAGGGGCAUGGAACGCACUGCCUGCGACAGUAGUAGACUCGCCAACUUUAGGGCAUUUAAAUGAUGAUUGGAUAAACAUAUGGAUGAUAAUGGAAUAGUGUAGUUAGAUGGGCUUCAGAUUGUUGCGCUGACCUGUGAAACCAUCGAGAGCCAAAGGUAUGUGCUGUAAUGUUCUAUGUGGAUGAAGAAAGGGUUGAUCUUGGCUGUAACAUCUCCCAUAGAUUAAACCUAGCAAAAACUGUGCUUGUCAAAGAAUGUGUGGGAGAUACUGUCUCAGAGGAUGGGACAAUGGCUUGUAUCCCCUUUGCUUGUGAUUGAGAACAGAUGAGGAAAACUGUUUAAUGCAAAUUAAUUUCCAUUAUACUUUAAUAAAUUCUAUAUUUAGAUUACUUUGAUCAUUAAAAAAAGUUAACAUUGAAAGGAUAUGGAAGAGUUAAGAAAGUGUAGGAAAAGGUCAAGUGCAGCCUGCUUCUAGACCAGAUCACUCACUGCUUGUAUAUAAAUUGACUUUGUCAUUCCAGCUGGAGAUUCAGUUCCCUUUUUAUGCCUUGCUAACCCUGAAGUCAUUUUUUUCUGUCUAACUUUAAAACCAAACUAGAUACUGAUGUGUGGGGCAUGUGGAUUUAGGUUGGAACUGAAACUGGGCAAAGGUUUAUGGAGGCAAAAACUUUAAAAUAAUGUAAAUUAAGAAAAAGGAGUGAGUUGGAAAGGAUCUGGAAAUCUGAGCUCCUUAACAGAUUAUUCAUACAUAACCUCAAUGUGAGUCAUGAGUGCAUGUCACACUUCGUUAAACCUGCAUGUGUUUUUUGUCAAUAUGUUGAAAUGUAUUAUUGAUGCAACACAGGACUUAAUUAAUUAAAUAAUUUUAAUGUCCUGGAA